UCUCCAAAUCAAGAACAAACAAACAUUUGUUUUGUGCCAAUUGGCAGGAAAAGUCUGAAAAACAACGACCACAUUUUCCUCUUUGCUUUGGCUAUGGCUGCGUCGAGCGUGAGAGGGGUCAAUUUCGCUCUUCCUUCAUCCAAUUGCAAGCUCAUGACGAAGAACGGGAUUUCAAGCGCCAGUUUCAAGCGCAGCAAGAAUCCCAGGAGGAGAUGGAUGGUUGUGAGGGCCGAGGGCGAGCAAAUCCAGAACAAAGGCAUGACUCGCGAUGGCCCCGCGCAAGGAGGGAGAUGGCUGAGUUGCACCACUCGUCACGUCCGCCUCUACGCCGCCGCCAUCGAUCCCGUGACCUUCGCCAUGGAUCAGACGCAAAUAGAUAAGUUGACGCUCAUCUUGGAUCCCGACAGCGAGUUCCUCUGGCCGGACGAUAAGGUGGAGAAAGUCUACGAUCAUCUCCGCGAGCUCGUCGACACGUAUGAAGGAGCUCCUCUGGACGAGUACACACUUCGCUUGGUAGGAUCCGACAUCGAGCACUUCAUUCGUAAGUUGCUGCUGGCAGGAGAGAUCCAGUACAAUCUCGACUGCAGAGUGCUCAACUUCAGCAUGGGAAAGCCUCGUCUCAACUUGUACUCCCCGGAGCAGGAUCAGCAGCAGCAGGAUUCGUGAGAAACUCGUAGGGUAGGAGCAAUCGUAGCGCUGGUCAUAUGAAGAUCCAGUAGAGCUGGAGAGGCAUCAUGAAAGAAGCCGAGAGUGCGAAUCCAAACCAGCUGAUGUUCAAGCCAUCGAUGAGCUUGACGCAGCGUCCCGUCACCAGCACGUUGAAAGCGUUGUGGAUGAAAGUGCAAGUGAGGAUGUCGUUGACGUUGGGGAUGAGGCUGUAGACGGUAGCGCCGGCGGACAUGGCAGUGGCCAUGUUUUGAUAGUUGCUGUUGAGAAUGGGAGUGUUUGAUGCUGUGCAACUGGCCUGAACGUCGUCGACGCAUCUGUAGGGGCCGAAGUCCUGGAGGAAUGGAAAAGUUUACAUCAGGAUCUUA